AACGGAGUAGUUGAGACGAGACACAUUUUGGUAUAAGAAAGCAAACAAAGUGGAAUAAGAGUCAACCAAUUCACUCAGAUACCUUCUCCUUUGCUGACGAAUUGUUAAAUUUUGAAUGUUAAUCCUUCAUCUGCUCCGCUAUUCACAUUAGCCAGCCCGAGUCAAGCCCAACUUCUUCUUUUUCUACUACAACUGGAAAUAUGACUUCUCCGUUCAUCUUUCUUAGGCCUCUUUUUAUAUCAGUAAUCAUACCUGUUAUUCUCGGAAUAGUUAUCUACCAACUUGAUUCCUUCGACCCGGCUCCUUAUCCGACCCAUAUCUUCUCUACUGACCCGCCCAUGCUCGUGCCAAAGCGCAAUAACCAGAUGCUACGUGGCUCGGAAAAAAUAGGAGUUAACGAACUGUUAUCACCCGAAGACGUAGCUUACGAUCAGAAUUCGGGAGUUAUAUACACGGGAUGCGUUGAUGGGUGGGUCAAAAAAGUGAAAGUGAACGAAUCGGCGGCCGAUUCGACGGUGGAGGAUUGGGUUUUCACCGGCGGCAGACCUCUUGGACUUGCUCUAGGAAUUCACGGCGAAGUUAUUGUUGCAGAUGCGGACAAGGGGUUACUACUGAACGUUACUUCAGAGGGUGAGAUUAAAGUGCUAACAGAGGAAGCUGAAGGCCUGAAAUUCAAAUUGGCAGACGCUGUCGACAUUGCAGAUGAUGGAGCCAUAUACUUCUCGGAUGCUUCUUACAAAUAUAAAUUCAAAGACUACAUUUAUGAUUUUCUUGAAGGCAGGCCCUAUGGAAGAUUGUUAAGUUAUGAUCCAUCAACUAAACAGACCAGAACACUACUUAGCGAACUGUAUUUCGCUAAUGGUGUUGCAGUCUCUCCAGAUCAAAAUUAUGUUAUUUUCUGUGAAACUCCUCUAAGGAAAUGCCAGAAGUAUUACAUAAAAGGCGAAAGAAAAGGAACUGUGGAUAUGUUUGUUGAUAAUUUGCCUGGAUAUCCUGACAACAUCCGUUAUGAUGGAGAAGGCCAUUAUUGGAUUGCAUUCGCCACCGAAAAGACAUAUUCAUGGGACUUGGCACAAAGGUACCCAUUCAUCAGAAAGAUAAUGGCUAUAUUUGUGAAGUAUGUUGGACAGCCAAAGGCAGAGAAAAAUGGUGGUGUUUUAUCUGUUGAUUUACAAGGAAAUCCAGUCGAACACUAUUAUGAUGAGGAUUUGACGAUGGUGUCAAGUGGCAUUAAGAUUGGUGAUCACCUGUACUGUGGCUCUGUUAAGUCUCGGUACAUACUUCGCCUCAAUCUGAAACAAAAUCCUGCAGUUCAAACUUCAUAAAAAAGGAAGAUCAUGACAGUUUCAUAGUAUAGAAAUUUAAGUGUUUGAAUUUAAGAAAUAAUGGGUGUAUUUUUUAAUAUAGUCAUUAUAAUUUGUGUAAGAUUUCCACGAUAUAAGAUGUGUAAUAGUGUAGGUGUUGCUUUUUAAAUAAAUAGAGUGCAUCUGCAACUGAA